AUCUGCAAUUAUAUUAAUUUAAAAAGUGUCCACGAACUUUUGAAACACCCUGUAAUUUUGAAAAAUAUAAUGGAACAAAUACAUAAUAAUUGUUUUAUGUUAAUGUCAGCACGAAAGUAAUCACGAAAUUGAUUGAAAGUGCCUUCAAUAAAAGCCAACCUGUGUGAGGGAAGAAUGACUGAGUCGGAUUGAAUUAAAGAACCAAUCUGCUGCAAAGCAAGUUCUACUAGAACAAGCAAAUACUACAAAAACGCUAAAUUACUUCAAAACAAAAUAUAUAGGAUGUUUUCUACAGUAUGUCAUUCAAUGGGUGCCAUCCUUACUCUACAUGGGCUAAACAUGGCCAGAUAAACCUCACAGAGUUCGCCAUUAUCGCGGUGUUGAACGGAUUCGCAAUUCUUCCUACUAUCGCCCUCAAUGCUUUGGUACUCGUCUCAAUAUGGCGUACCCCAGAGCUUCACACACCCUCCAUGGUUCUUAUGGGUAACCUUGCCCUUUCGGACUUUGGAGUCGGAGCCAUCACUCAGCCAGCACUUAUCAUUUGGGCAUAUGUGGAGCUAUAUAUUGAAGAUUCGCCGAGGACCCUAUGUUAUAGUUCACAGGCUUUUGGAUCUAUAGCUACUGUUUUCGCGGGCGUGUCUCUGUUAAGCGUCUCAGCAGUUGGCUUUGAUCGGUUUCUUGCCUUGCAUCUUCACCUUCGAUAUUCCACGAUUGUUACCGCAAAGAGAACAUUUGCUGUUUGUCUUAGUUUUUGGGCCUUUUCUCUUCUUGUUGUGCUGUUAUGGUUUACACUGGGGGUCUCGAUUUAUAAUUUUACCGUAAAUGGAUGCAUCAUAGCACUUUUUGGGAUAACUAUUGUUCGUUACUUGUACAUUUACAAAGUGAUUAAAAGACAUCAGACUCAGAUUCAUGCGGAACAGUCUAACUUGUUCUCUACAGACAUCAAGCAAUAUAAGAAAUCAGUGAUAAAUUCUAUAGUUGUGUACUUUGUUUUCGCAAUCUGCUCCACGCCAUUCGUUUGUGCCUUAACAUACUAUGAGAUAACAAAAGACAACAUCCUAUCACCAAAAGCUUUUAGAUUGACGGUUUCACUUCUUCUUGCCAACUCUCUCGUCAACCCCGUGAUCUUCUGUUGGAAGAUAAAAGAGUUACGCUUAGCUGUUUGGCAGAUCGUUAUGAAACUUAAGAUUUCGUUGAUAGGAAAUGAUAAGUGAAAUGAAGACAGAAGCAGAAGUGAUUCAAGGUAGACAAGGAUUACGAACUGCAGGUUUAGUGAGGCCUCAGUGAUUGCUUAAAGGCGCGUUCCCAGAAUUGGCCGAGGGGAAGGGGGGAGGGGGGUUGGGCAGUCAUAGGUAUUAUAACGAAAAAGCCUAUUUUUUCUUUACUCCUUAAUAAGAAAUGGUCCACUUUUAGGCCUCCAAGGUGCGCGCACCAUGCACACCCCUUUGUGUUCGCGCCUGAGCGUUAAACCCAUACGGCACGGCUAGAUCUGGGAAAUGGUUAUUUGUACCUAUACAAAUUCUCAGGUUAAGGAAGUUCAAAAGGGCUACAAAUUAUUUCAGGUAAAGGAAGUACAAAGAUUUGAAAAAUUGCUUAUUUUGUAACAAAAUCAUGCUAACGUUAUAAAAGUGCUGCAUGAGGCGCGUCAGGUGUGCUGUAAAUAUUAUAUUCAAAACAUAUCCUAUAAUGCUUAUGUAAUUGCAAUUGAACUCAUUUCAGUUUUCGAAUAAAACUAAUCGGAAGCGAAGCAUGUCAGCCCCGUUGAGUUAAGAAGAACUUUAUAUUGUCUCAAGUGAUUGGUUGCUAAUUGGUCACGAACCCAUAUGUUGUUUGUUAUCAAUUUAUUCACCUGUGAAAAUUCUUCCCUAGGAGAUGAAAAUUCG